CAUGCCGCUGGUGAGUGCGCCGAACUCCUCCGUGGCCAAAGAGGGAGGCUGUGGGGUUUGUGAUGGACACGUGCUGAUAGGAUAGGACACUUUAAAUGAAAAGUGAUGAGAGCUCUGCUGGUGUUGGUGCUGGGCCUGACGGUCUCCAUGAAGUCGGGGCAGGGAGCCAGACUGAGGGGCGCGUCCGUGAGACUGGAUCUGGAUCCCUCAGUGAUGCCUCAGAUCGGCAGGGCCGCCUCGACCAUCGCCAACAUGUCUCUGUCACCGUGGACGUACAGAGAGUCCCGUGUGGAGUCUCGGCUGCCUCGGCAGAUCUUCCACGCUGUGUGCCUGACCUCUGGCUGUCUGAGCCUGCAGGGGGGAGCAGAGAACGCAGGCCUGGAGGCCAAACCCAUCUACCACCAGGUCCUGGUCCUCCACAAAAUCUCGAAGCAAAGGCCCGGUACCAGGAGGAGGAAAUGGUACAGCCUCAGACUGGGGACGGAGGUGAUCUCAGUGGGCUGCACCUGUGUGAGGCCCAGUGUGGUGCCACAGCCGCCACGCGCAGCACUCUUCUGAUGUUAGGCUAUUAUGUAUUUUACAAAGACACACAGAAGGAAUUUUGUUGCACCCAUUUCUAAUGUCUAGUGUGGCCUUUAACUUGUACCAGCCAAUUACUGGCGAUCAGAGACAUGCUCAGAGCUGCGAUGCUUUCUGCCCCCUAGUGGUGGAAAAUGAUAAACAGUGUCUGACAAACACAUUUACUGUCUGUCAUGAGUCAUGAGAAGUAAGUUGUUGGAAAUGUAUCUUUGUAUAUGCUAAAUAAUGUUGUCUUUUGUUGUUGUUUUAAAUUCACCUUUAAAAACUGCUCUUAUUUUAUUGUAAACCAUACCAGAAUGCUUUAUUAAAAGGUUUUUAAUUCAA